UCCUCUUUCUCAUCUCCCUCCCUUCCUUCCCUCUGCCCCUCCCUCCUUCCCUCCCUCCCUCUCUCCUCGAGCAGCUCCUGACAGACUCCCAGUAGCUGUAGGUUUACGCUGACUUUCCGAACUUCCCGCCCGCCCAUAUCCCGGAGGCUGAGAUGAUGAAGGAAGUGUCCUGUUUGACAGGGUGUGAAAACCGCUUUUUCCAGAAAGAUGCGGUGGGAGAACUGCUGAAGCGGGUCAGCGCUGGAGGAAGUUAGAGGCUCGGGUUGCGGCGGGGGCGGUGGAGAGAGAGAGAGGAGAGACGGACAGAGAGAGGGAGAGAGGCAGUCAGACAGACAGCGAGCAGCUGCUUCAACUCCGGCCCUCUCAAUGUCAUAUCCUCACCAUCUCUUACUCGGGACGCUACAUCCAGGAGAAGGCGACAAAUCUGAGUCGUAAUAUCCAGGUUAGACUGACAAGAUGAUGCGAGCUGAUUAAUUUCCAAUCUCAUUGUCAGUGCCGCCGCAGCGAAGCGUCAGGAAGUUGAGGCAAAAAAGUUGUAGCAACUUUUCCAAAAGUUUUUUCUUCUCCCUCUUGCCUGCCCCCGCCCCGGGCGCGAUGGCCGGGCCGGAGGGUGCUUGGAAACACGGCUGCCUGCCGAGUUGCUUCGCCUCCGGGGACGAGCUGGAGAUGCGACGAAGGAGCAAAGGGAUCGACCAGAUGCUGGCGAGGGAGCGACCGCACAUGAGGAGGAUGGUGAAGAUUCUCCUGCUGGGAGCGGGCGAGAGUGGGAAGAGCACCUUCCUGAAGCAGAUGCGGAUCAUCCACGGGAAGGAAUUCGACAGAAACACCCUAGAAGAAUUCCGGGAUAUAAUUUACGGGAAUAUCGUCAGCGGGAUGCGGGUCCUGGUGGACGCGAGGGAGAAGCUGGGGCUUCCUUGGGAGAACAGCGGGAAUGAGAAACACGGGCUCUUCCUGGCAGCUUUCGAGAGCAGUAGCAUUGGAGUGGAGGGACGUUUCCAAAGCGUUCUCCCGGCCGUCAGAGCCCUCUGGAAUGAUGGAAGUAUCAAAGAGGCCUAUAGGAGGAGAUCGGAGUUCCAGCUGGCGGAAUCGGUACAGUAUUUCCUGGAUAACUUGGAUCGAAUCGGCCAGCCGAACUACCUCCCCAGCAAGCAGGACGUCCUGUUCGCCCGCAGGGCCACUAAAGGCAUCGUGGAAUACGACUUCCUCAUCAAGGGGAUCACCUUCCGGAUGAUGGAUGUGGGUGGCCAGCGUUCCCAGAGGCAGAAGUGGUUCCUCUGUUUCGAGGGCAUCACCUCCAUCCUCUUCAUGGUGUCCUCCAGUGAGUUUGACCAGGUAUUGCUGGAGGACGGGUGCACCAACCGCCUGGUUGAGUCCAUGAACAUCUUCGAGACCAUCGUCAACAACAAGCUCUUCACCCGCGUCUCCGUCAUCCUCUUCCUGAACAAGACCGACCUGCUGGAGGCCAAGGUGAAGACGGUGAACAUCGGCGACUACUUCCCAGACUUUCGGGGACGGCCCCACCACCUCGGGGACGUCCAGCGCUACCUCCUCAAUUGCUUCAGCGGCAAGCGGAGGGACUGUAGCCGGCCGCUCUUCCACCAUUUCACCACCGCAGUCGACACCGAGAACAUUCGCUUCGUCUUCCAGGCGGUCAGGGACACGGUGCUGCAGGAGAACCUCAAUGACAUCAUGCUGCAGUGAGGCUGCGCGUCCCUGCGGACAUUCCACGCAGGGCCCGCAAGGCUUUCUCGCCCCAGUGAGGCCCGUGUGUAAUAACCAAAGAAGCCCUGUGUGUGUACACGUGAACGUUGAUGGGUACCUGCACCCCUAAUCUCAUGCCUGCUGGUAACCUCUUUUGUACGCACGUCCGUGUGCACCCAAUAUGGAUUGUAUGUCUAAUCCUGUGUGUGUGACCCUGAGUAUUGCACCUUCCAUAUCCAGCAGUUGUCCCAUAUGUAGCACCUGUCUACCCCUGUGUGUACCCGUGUCCAUAUUCCAAGUGAACCUGUGUCCUGCACAUAUUCCCCAUAUCCCAUAUGCUCUCGGUAUAUAUUCCGAUGUCAACCUGUUGCGUCUGCACAUAUUCCCCAUCCCCAUGCACGCAUGGUAUAAAUCCCAUUUUACCCCAUGUUUGUCCCAGGUGCAUCAAAGUCAAAGGCAAUACAGCCCGUAUAUACUUGCAGGAACUUGUGAUUAUGGAAGGCAGAGAGUGAUUUAAUAUUUCAGAGAUUCCCUCAGCCCUGUUAGAUAAUCACUGAGGGUUUGUUCAGACCUCACUGAUCCGAAGAGAUUACUUUGACCUCACCAUGAUGACGUUGACUCUUCCCGGGACACAGGUGUAUGAACCUGGACGAGGAGCGUCAGCGGCCCUUUGAACGAGGGGGAGGGCGGAACAGGUGGACACCCCAAACAAAUCUCUGUCCUUCCUAACUUGACAAGCUUGGACCCCUUGGAGAGAAGGGAGGGUUAUAAGACAGCAGUGGGAAUUGAUCCCUUGACCAGUUGCCCGUGGUGUGCAGCCGCAGAGUUGGCAGAGCCCUCCCCUGUCAUUGCCAGUUAACUGGACUCUGGAAUCUCGCACUCAUUCCUCAAACAUACUUUAUUUUACUUGUGCACAAGGAAAACAGCAUGGCCCCUGUCACCCACCAUUGUUCUGAAGGCUGAGCAGAGAAAUUCCUUUUUUAUACAGAGCAGUUAUGGAUAUUGGCCAUUUAAUAAACUGUGUAUGUUUGAAUUCCGGACUUGCAAGAUCAAUCGCCAUUCACAAUAGGGGUGUUACACGUCAGUAAAAACUACGAGGUGACAACCAAUAAUACUUUGAAGUUAGUAAAGCAAUUGUCCCUUAGUUGGUGUGUUUCACAUCAUUCUGUUAUUCUUAUCACACCUCUGAAAGUGAAAUGGUUCCAAGAAUCGCGAUGCAAAAGGAAGCUAUUUCUCAUCUGGGCUGUCUGCACUCUGUCUGCAAAUAACCCUUGCCUGGACAUUUUGUUCAAAGUUCAAAGCCAAGUCAAAUCAAGUUAAGUCAAGUUUAUUGUCAUUUAACUGUAUACAUGUAUACUGUCAAACGAGACAAUGUUUCUCCGGACCAGGGAGUAAAGCACAUAACACACAAUAACUUAAGAAAGU